UGCGAAACCAGGCACAAACCAGUACAAGGCAUACAAGCAAGUUGUAUAUUCGAAGCACUUAAAACUAAUAACAACGUUUCGGAAUAAAUUAUUUACAAAGUUUUCACCACAGCAUGGAUCCGCAAGAGAACUCCGAGAUGGAGCAGACAAACGCAGAGGAGCCCGGCCCAUCGUCGAUGCUGAUCAGAGCCAAGCCAAAGGUACGCAUCAUUGAGAAUGGCAACUCAGAGGUACCGCCGGCCACGGCUGUGGCUCCGGCUGGCAAUGCCAGCAGUGCCUUCCAAUCGAGUGCCCUCAUGGGUGGCAGCACAGUGACAUGCAGCACAGUCAGCGCUGCUGCCAGCCCAUCGAUCUCUACGACCAUUAAUCAGACAAUUGCAUCAGAGCCGAUGCCGAUGCCCAUGCCCACAUUGCGCUUCGUUUUGCGCCAUCCCGCCGCCGCCGCCUCACGACGUGUUAACUUUCACGUGGAUGUGGUCGACAACGAGUUCAUGAAUCGUCGCAAGUCCAAGUGCUGUUGCAUCUACCGCAAGCAGCACCCCUUCGGCGAGAGCUCCUCCGAGACGGAUGACGAGUGCGAACACUGCUUCGGGCAUCCCGAGGUACGGGCACUCAAUCGCCAGAAGAAGAUGAUGGCCGCCUGUGGUUGCGGCUGCUGUGGAGGUCAAACUCGGGCGGCUGCCACAGAGGAGCCAAAGACUUGUGUGGUGUCAGAGGAGUCAGCGACUUCAGGGGUGUCAGAGGAUCAAGCAUUGCCAGAAGUGCAGCAGCAGCAACAGCAACAGCAGCAGAGUCUUCCAGCUGCUCCGCAGACCGCUGAUGAUCAGGAUGGGGUGUCCCAAGAGAUGGCAGACCUAUCAGGGUUGCCAGAAGUCCCCGCAAAGCAGCAGCCACAGCAGAGUGGAGAGGACACACUGUCUUAGUCUUCUCCACAAAAACAAAACAAGAAACAACAAAAACAAACAGCAAUUUGACUUCUGUUUCAAUCUUAAGAAAUUUAAAAUUAAACCCAAAUGAUU